AUGAGGAAUAUACUUGUCAACCUUUUGAUGUUUUACUCUAUUGCUUCAUCAAAUUUUAGUUUUGGACAUGGGCAAACAACUUUUAAUGUGCUGGAUUAUGGUGCUGUUGGAGAUGGCGAUACAGAUGAUUCUGAAGCAUUCUUAAAAGCAUGGAAUGCCUCAUGUUCAACCAACGCUAGUAACGGGACACCAACACUAGUAAUACCAGCAGAGAGAACAUUCCUUUUGCAACCUACCAUCUUCUCAGGUUCUUGCAAUUCUAACGACGGUAUCCGGGUCGAGAUUCUGGGGAAAAUUGUGGCACCCAAAAAUCCAGAUGAAUGGAAAGGGUGUGUAGAAUCUUGGUUAUCUUUUCGAAAUUUGAGCAACCUCAUAAUAAAUGGAACGGGAGAAAUUAAUGGCCAAGGUUCACUUUGGUGGAGCAAUAUUACCACCCAACCUAACAAAGCUCUACACCUUUUCAAAUGCAGUAAUCUUCAGUUAAGCGGACUCGCACAUAUUGACAGUCCAAAGGCUCAUAUUAGCAUCAACCGUAGCAAUAAUGUCACCGUCUCUAAUCUUCAUAUUCGUGCACCUGAAGAUAGUCCUAACACGGAUGGUAUUGACAUCUCUGUCUCAACACAUGUCAAUAUUCAUGACUCAACAAUAGCAACUGGUGAUGAUUGUAUUGCCAUUAAUAAUGGUUCAUCUUUUAUCAAUAUCACCAAUAUUGCAUGUGGACCUGGUCAUGGAAUUAGUGUGGGAAGUUUAGGUGUGAAUGAAAGUUACCAGACGGUAGAAGAGAUACAAGUACGAAAUUGUAGUUUCAACGGUACACAAAAUGGAGCGAGAAUUAAGACAUGGCAGGGUGGUUCUGGAUAUGCUAGGAAGAUAACAUUUGAACACAUAACACUAAUAGCCGCGAAGCAUCCUAUCAUCAUUGACCAACAUUACUGUAAUGGAAAGCACGACUGUAAAAAAUCGACUCAGGCAGUAGAAGUGAGUGAUGUCACAUAUAGUGAUUUUCAAGGAACUUCUUCAAGUGAGGAGGCGAUUGUGUUUAAUUGCACCGAGACACCGGGUUGUACCAACAUUAUUAUGAAUCAAAUCAAUAUCACUUCGGCAGUUGCUUAUCAGAACAUUUACGCCUUUUGUGACAAUGCGAAUGGAACUUAUAGCACAACUGUUCCCCCAGUCCCUUGCUUGAAGACAAAUGAAACAAUAUCUUUUAAUCUAUAUACAUAGAUGUAAACUUGUUAAUUAAAAGCUUUAAGCAAGCUAAUCUAGCAGAAUAACUGUUUGUACUUGGGAAAUUCAG